AUGACAGCAUCUGCUGGUGAUGAUAAUAGUACUAAGGAAUUGAAAGGGUUUGUUGUUCUUUGUCUGAAAUUGCUAAAUGAUAUGAUUUUGUAAUAAUUACUUAAUAUUUAUUUCAUAUCUUUCCAUUAUUAACCUGUGGUGGCAAACUUCCAAUGCAAGCAAUGAUGGACCAGACAUAUAGUUUGGCUGAUUUUUUUCCCAUGUGAACAACCACUGUUUUACCACAUCUUACAUGCUAGCUCUACUUGCUGUAACCAUCAUGAGAACUGGUAAUAAGAGGCAAUCAAGACCUAUCAAGACCUUAGCAUGAUAGUUAUGUCUUCCUCUCUUGUUGAAGUGAUCAGCAUCUAAAGAAUUAUUCUCCUCACCAUAUCACUGCUGCAUAGUACAUUAAGGUCAUGAGAAUAAAGGAAAUGAUAGAAAAAAACAAAGAAGCUCUUGAUUGUUGAACAACUUCUCCUUGUCAGUAUAAUAGAAUAUGUACCAAGAACAGUAUUGAGAAUAUACAUUCUGAUGUCAGUGUGUAACGAAAAGCUAAUUUUAAAAGCUUUUUUUACUUUUACAGGAGUUUUGUGACUUUUUCAAGUGCACUAAAUGGUGUCAAGGUAUGAUAGCAUUUUUUAGACAGGAACUAGUGUUGCUGGCAGUAUUUUCAAUUCCAAGAGUUUAAUUUGUUUUGUCUUACUUGUCUGUUUGUCUUCUCCUUUCCUUAGGAAUCACUGGAUGUUAUGUCCACUAAUGAUCACAACACAUUAGGUUUUACUUUAGAACUUUAUUCCAGAUACAUGGAUGCUGCCAAGGUAUGUGAAAUAUGUAUUGGAAAACUUGGAUCUUAUUUAACUCUUUAAAGGAUACCAGCUUUCCUUUUGUGGGUAGGGUUAGGCAAGGGGAAGGAAGUGAUCAUUUUCUUUUGGGGUGGGCUGGGAUGAGAGCAUUAUCACAGCUGAGGGAAAAGCUCAGGAUCACUGCAAGUCUCAAAAAGAAAGAAAAGAAAAGCCAAAAAUAUCCCAACAACAAGAAAAAUUCAUCAGCCAGACUGUUGACUUAUCUUUUUCCCAUAUUGCGAAUGGUUUGUGGGUUGUGUCUUGAACUAGAAGCCUGGGUCCUACCCCUUAUAUCUCUGUUGCAUUCAAUUUAUUCAAUUCAUUGGUAAGAAUGAGUGUAUCUACAUGAAUGUAGCAUGAGGGAGCGGUUAUCUGAAGAAAAAGCACCCUUUGAGUAAUUUACAUUUCAUUUUCGUACUGCUAAGCGAAAGGGAAGGGGAAACUUGCAAACAAAGACUGGAAUGGUGGAAUGGAAACAUGAACUGACCUUGGGAGUUUCUUUCAAUUUACAAUGCUUCGUGGUAUGAUUGAAUUUGGAACCAUCAACUACAGAUGAACUGGAAAGUGAGACUUUUGGAUUGCAAUUACAGUGCCUUAACUUUGAAAACCCUUUUUUUUAUUGGUUAUUUCUUCUUGCUGUACCAAGAUGAUUAUUUAAACUGUUUACUGCACUUGUUUUGUCCAUCUCUUACCCUGCAGGAGAUGCUUUUCCAUCAUACAUGUAAACUAGUUGAGUUUGAGAAUGCAACAAAAGCACUGGAAAAAGCCAAACCCAAAAUCCAAGAAAUGGUAAGGUUCUGACAAACAUGUGCAUGUGAUGUGCAUUCCUCUGGUACCUCUCUCUGAUAUGUUACAUGUGAUUGAGUAUGUUGUUUCAUGUGAUUCACAUAAGGCUGCACUUAGUAAUAGACUCAAAGUUCAAGUCAAGCUUCUGAAUAAUUAUUGUUAACGCCAGAAUUGAAGAAUCCUAAAUUGUUUUACAAAUUUUUUUUUAUUUUCAGCUUCUAAAAGCCAAAGACGAUGCAGAGGAAGCAAACAAUUCAAUUUCAGAAGCUGCAAAGAAAGAGGUGAAUAAAAUGAUAUAAAAAAAGCCUUUUGUUUUUCUUAGACUUUUGGCUUACAGUUUAGCUGGAAACUUUUGCAUGCCUCGCUUACCUGGUUGCAUUUCGUGGUUUGUUUUACAGGCAGACCACCCUGUUGUUGGUUUACUUGUAAGACACAUGUCAAACAAUAAUAUGAAUAUCUGUGCCAUUUUCAUGUUAAAACCUGAAUAUCAAAAAAUUAGUAUAUACCACACAAGUGAAUAGUGUUUUUCGUGCACACUGAUUGGCUAACUCGAAAGUGAUGAGCAAGUACCAUUAACCUCUGAGAAGCCAAAGUGACAAAACCGCUCAUCAACAAUUUGAUAUUCGACCAUUUUCUAUGGUUUACAAUGAAUCCUUUGUGUCGGCGUAAUAAACAGAGGAGAAAUGGCAGAUGAUAUAAAUAUUUGUCGAGGGCACAUAAAAAGAAAUUGUCAUUUGGCUCUAACUGCAGCAGACAAUCUGCUUACUUGAUUGAUUUUAAUUUUUAUUCUUUUUUAAUUUAAAUAUAGAUGAUCCGUUACAAUAGGAAAAGGGUGUUGAGCCUGCAAGCCAGUCUAAUCCAGUAUGCUGAAUCACAGUUAAAGAAUGGAAGAGAUACCUACGCCAUUUUGGCCAAACUAUUGAAUGACACGAAAAAAUCUGCUUAAUCAAUGAGCACAGAGAAAAUAGACAGCACCGUAAAUUUGGGUGGCCAAACUUUAUUUCUAAUUUUCUUUAUUAAAUAACAUUAUAUUAAUUUGACACAGAUAAUACAAAAAUAAUUUUUAGAACAACGAAAGGUCAUUUCAGGCAUUGGCUCACUCCAGUUAGUAAAACAGAGCAAAGACUGGAGCAGAGGCUUGGGUCAGGUGGGGUUCAUUGUUUUACUGACUGAAUACCUGGAACAGGCUAUUCAGGCACUAAUCAAUUACAAUUUCUUCAAAUGUGAUUGGUGCAUUAGCUGCUUCAUUUUUCUUUUUAGCUGCUUUCAUUUUUCUUUUUAGCUGCUUUCAUUUUUCUUUUUUUUUAUUAUUAUUGUUUUUUUCACUCAUCAUUCUGUACAGCUGUUAUUGGACAGUUGGCUGUAAUUGGACACUUGUGAUCAGACAGUUGAAGCAACCAGUCAUAUUAAGUCCACUCAGCCAAAUCCACCAAUCACAGAGUUAAUCACAAUAGCCAUAGCAACAGCCACUUGUCAUUUAAAAAAUGAAGAACUUCCAAAAUGGAGACAUAUUUUUUACUUUAGACAUUGUCUCUACCAGAGAUAUUUGACCUAAAUGUACUUGUUGUCUUUAGAAAUUUUAACAAUUAAGAUUAAUUGGUAACAGGACUUCUUGUCGUCCAAUUCUUUCAGUAAUCAUACACACGAUUGAAAAAUUGGUCUCCGCAGUCUUCACAGUCGUCCAAUUUUGUUAAUCAUGAGUAUGAUAACAACAAACCUAAUUAGACUCCACUCAGUCCUAUUACCAUUGUAAAUUGGCUGGAAAUGGUGGCAAAAAUACAGCAAUUACUUGAAAUUUAAUCAGCAAAUAUUUGAUGACAUUGAAUUUUCCAAUUUUGUGAGGGCUACCAGCCUUGAAUCAAGGCCCCAGAACAAUCAAUAAACACUUAACAUGGUGAAUUUUCAACUUUCAUGCAGAUCACCAUUAUACUAAAGAGUGAAUGAAUUUCUUUACGUCUUAUAAAAAGAUAUUUUUAUUAAAUCUGAAUGAAUGGGUUUCAAGUAUGCAAAUUUUCCUACAUACUUUCACAUAACAGACAUUAUGGAAAAAAAUUUCCUUUCCAAUCCUCUGAAAAGUACCAACCAAAAAAUUGAUUUCCUUUGUAUUAAAAAGUUUUUGAAAUUUGUUUUAGAUAUAAUGAUGGAAGGUUUUUGUUCAAAUAGCUUUGUAAUUACCUGUAAAGGCAGAACUUGAUGUUUUCAGUUGACUUAAAUGCGAAUAUACUACUUAUCCUG